CUCUGACUCGUUGUUCUCUCUCGCCCAGGCUCCCCGGCUGGCUGAAACCUACUGCGUGUGCCACCUGGCCACGGGAGACAUGUUGCGGGCGAUGGUGGCUUCUGGCUCAGAGUUGGGGAAGAGGUUGAAGGAGACGAUGGAUGCUGGGAAGCUGGUGAGCGAUGAGAUGGUGAUGGAGCUGAUUGAGAAAAACCUGGAGACCCCCCCCUGCAAAAACGGCUUCCUCUUGGAUGGGUUCCCUCGCACUGUGCGACAAGCAGAGAUGCUGGAUGAGCUCAUGGUGAAGAGGAAAGAGAAACUAGAUUCAGUCAUCGAAUUCAGCAUCGCUGACUCCUUACUCAUCCGGAGAAUCACCGGACGGCUAAUCCACCCAGGAAGUGGCCGCUCAUACCACGAGGAAUUCAACCCUCCCAAGGUCCAUAUGAAGGAUGAUGUCACAGGGGAAUCUCUGAUCCGCCGGUCAGAUGACAACGAAGCCGCGCUGAAAACACGCCUGAAGGCUUAUCACACCCAGACCACACCGCUGGUGGACUACUACUCCCGGCGUGGCAUCCAUACAGCUGUUGAUGCUUCCCAGUCUCCAGAUGUGGUUUUUGCCAGCAUCCUGGCAGCUUUCUCAAAAGCAACAACCGCGUGAUUCCUGACGGCAGACAGCCCACAGCAACAUCGAGUGUGGCAUGUUCAGCAACUGUCCCCCCAGCUUGGCUCUUGGGACCAAGAACGGGGGUGGGGUGGAAAGCCUGAUCAAAAGAGGGAAGGAAACUUUGCAGGAAGUUGGGGUUUCUCUCCAGAAUUGCACUAGGGGGAAAUCCUGUUUUAAGAAAGGCAAAUCAGUACCUGGGAAGGAAGAUAAGAAUAAAAUUGUGCAGCAGCUUGAGGGGCGGAGUGCUUCAUUACGAAAUCAGUUAUUUGUAAUGUAUCAAAAGGGGAAUUUUUAGCAUUUAGCAAGCAGAACAAACCAAGCUUGACUGUCAGUACUUCUGAUUAUUCCUAGGGUUUUAGAAAGAUGGCCCCUCCGUUCAGUUCCCAUCAUGUGUUCAAGGCUCCCAUAAAGCGGAGCCCCAACUCUGGGUUCACCCUUUGCCUCCUCCCCACGUGGCUUCUCCCUGGGCUGGAGACCCCUUGGACAGAAGGGCCUCUUUCGGCCACUGCUACACAGAGGCUUCCGACAGGCAAGUCCAGAACAGGGGCUCUUCUAGGACGGUGGGUUUGAACUCUUCUUGGGGCAAGCAUUUCUCAUCCUGGACAAUUUCGGAGCUAAAAUGGACUUCUAGUAGCCACUGAGGACAAGGGUUCUUGGCUAUUAAGAUGCAGAAACGGCAAGGAACACCCUCUUUUUCUUUCCAAAGUUUUUAACCACAGGCCUUCACCCUUCGGGGGACGGUACUUUUUUUUGGCAUUUCACUGACUUAUUCCCUCAAAUAUUGAAGGUGCAAAGCCAAGAACCCUUCUGUCCCAUACCAGCCCCAAAGAGGGUGGUUGCCAUUUCCCAUUUGCCUGUUUUCCUUUCUCCGGGGCUGCCCUGCCGUGUCAAUAAAGUAACUCUCAGUGUUGUACCGAA